AUGAAGGGCUGUUUGACAACGGCAUUUGCGCAAGAUUUAAGAGAAGAUUUUGACAGUCAUCUAUGGGAAUUCCUCGAAUCGAUAAUCAGCUUGCUGGAGAGGUCGCAUGAGAAAACUGAAAUCCUCGAAACGGGCUUUUUUACGCUUGCCAAAAUUUUCUGGUUGCAACGAAGACGUCUUGUGCGUGAGUUACGAGAAGUGUUCCGGCGAUUCAAGCGAUUAUUUGCAUGCAAGCGACUGUACAUGCGUCGAUUCAUUGCCGAAGCUCUUGCCUUUCUUUUGCGCAAAUCAAGUGCAAUUGACAAAAUCGUUGUUUUUUUGGCUGAAACUGUGUAUGAGGAAGCGAGCAGUUCGUUGGUGGAUAGCAUCGCACGGUUAUAUUUCAAUGCACUGAAAAUUGCAAAAGGACAGUUUCACAGUGCAGCGCCUCAGGCAAAAAAGGUGUUGUUUGCGCCGAUGAAGAAUGAUUCUAUAUUUUUGUCAAUUUUGCGAGCAACGGUAAAUAUCGAGGAGAAUGCUGUUCGAAAGGUAGCAAUUCAGAUUGUGGAGGAAAGCCUGAUUCACUGUUCGAAUUACACUUCAAAAGGUCACAGUGCGCCACUUCUCUCUGUCCUUCUGGUAAGUACUUUUCGUGCUAAUACGUAG